GAAGGGUUUAUUAACUGUUCAUACUUAAAUUCUGCAAUCGAUCUGGGUGAUAAACUAAAACAAUCCAAGGUUGACUCUAAUAAUAGAAAUAUAGCGGCAGUGAAUAUUAAUGUAUUAGUUCAUAAAAAAGAAAAG